GUGCAUGCAGCCCUGCACACCUUCUCAAAUCCUUAUUUACCUCUGAAAUCAGAAGUAAAAAACCGCAGCCAUGACGGCCGUCCACUGUCACACACUCGACGUGUGAUCCUAAUCGUUCUCGCGCGGAUUCGACGUUCACAGGUCAUGGAGGCCCGUGGAAGCCUGGGCCUCGCCGGAUUCCCUCCUGCCCAGGACGGUGGCCCAGCCCCGGGGGACGGCGACGACCAGCCAGCGGGCUCCCUGAGGGUGAGGGUGGAGGACUGCUGGAUCGCGGCCGACCGGGCCCUGCUGGCCAGGCACAGCGACUACUUUGCGGCGCUCUUCCACUCGGAGAUGGCCGACAGCCGGCGAGACGAGCUGCACGUCCGGGGCGGCCUGAGCGCUCGGGGUUUCCUGAUCAUGCUGGCGGUGUGCAGGGGCGAGGCGGUGACCCUGAGCGACCCGGAAGAGCUGUGGGACGCCGUGGAGUGCGCGGCGUUCCUCCAGGCGGAGGCGCUGACGCGGCACCUCUGCGACGCGGUGGACUCGGCCAACUGCCUGGCCCUGUACAGCGCGGCCCGCGUCUUCGGCGUGCACGAGCUCUACCACGCCGCCGCGCUCUUCCUGUGCGACGCCCGCGAGGACCUCUGGGAGGACGCCCUGGGCAGCGGCCUGCCGGAGGAGCUGCUGGAGUACUCGCGCUCCCUGUCCCCGGCCAGCUUCGUGGCCCUGGGGACGCACACGCCGACCACGGAGAGCCUGAGCGGCGCCUUCCGCGUGGUCCUGCACCUGGACGAGGAGGGGGAGGGCGGGUGGCGGCACCUGACCCACCUGCCCGCCCUCUGCUCCACCUCGCUGGCCGGCGUGGCCGUCCUCCACAACCGCCUCUACAUCGUGGGCGGGGUCCGCGGCUACGGCAAGGAGACGGUGGACGGGGGCCACUGCUACGACCCGGAGGCCGACGCCUGGAGCCCCGUCCCGGGGCCCGCCCAGCCCCGGUGUGACUUCACCCUGCUGGGCCACGAGGGCCGGCUCUACGCCGUGGGCGGGACGCACCGAGGGACAACCAGCGCUUCGGCCGAGGCCUUCGACGUCGCCACGGCGACGUGGAGCCCCAUCCGCGACGCGCCCCGGCCCGUGGCGUCGGCCGCCUGCGCCGUCGCCCGCCGCAGGAUGUUCGUGUGCUUCUGGCGCCCGCCCGACACCACGGAGAUCUACGAGUACGCGGCGGUGGGCGACGCCUGGACGCCGCUCACCGCGCUGCGGCGCGCGCAGAGCUACGGCCACUGCAUGGCGGCGCACGCCGGCGCCCUGUACGUGAUGCGCAACGGCCCCGGGGACGACUUCCUGCGCUGCCUGAUGGAGCGCUACGACCUGGCCACGGGCCAGUGGAGCUCCCUGCCGGGGGUCUACGUCAACAGCAAGGGGGCGCUGUUCACUGCGCGCGUCCGCGGCGACUCUGCCUUCACCGUCAAACACCUGCUGACGCUGGUGUACCGCGUGACGCCGGAGGGCCGCUGGACCCCCCGCAGGCAGAUGAGGGGCUACCCAGAGAGCGGCUCGCUGCUCACGGGCUUACUGAGGCUGCCCCGCCGGAGGAGAGGAGGGUUCACAUAA